AACUCAUUGUUAAUUGCUGAUUUAGUAUUAUUUAAACAAAUGGAUCAGAAAAAGAAGGCGUAUAAACCCCAAAAAGAUCCUGCCAAUAAUCAAAACUAUAGACUAUUAUAGUACAAACCAAAUAAAAUAAUCAACGAAUACAAUACAGAGAUGACAACAAUCCCCACGACACCAAAUUCGACCGUUACUCACAACGUUCCAACACAUCAAAUCUCUUUUUCUCUUUUAUCAUUCAAAAGAACUUGCUUUUAUUAUCGUAGCCGUUAGCUCUCCGCGCCUAGUUAAAAAAAAAAGAACUCCAACUUUCUCAAUCACAUCAAAUUCAAUCUCCCAUAUCAAAAAUCAAAUCCAAAUCUAAACCUUCUUGAAUCUCUCCUUAUCUCAAUCUCUUCAAAACUCUCGACAGCAAUGGCGGCUCUAGCACCCGGGAUCCUCCAGAAGCUAAUCGACGGCAUGAAAACGGGAGUCAAACCCACCGGAGAGCACAGAAGCUCUCUGGUGCAAGUCACGGACAUCGUCCCGAUCGAUCUCGACGAGAAGAAUCUGUUGCCGAAAGAGGGCUUCUUCAUCAAACUCUCCGACUCUUCCCACUCCAUCUACGUCACCCUCCCCUCCGACCAAGACGACGUCGUUUUGAGCAACAAGAUGCAGCUCGGCCAGUUCAUCUACGUCGACAGGCUCGAUCCUGGGACCCCCGUUCCGAUCGUGCAAGGCGCGAGGCCCAUCCCGGGGAGGCAUCCUCUGCUCGGGACUCCCGAGGUCAGCGCGAGAGGCACGGAAAGGCAGAGGAGGGGUUCUUGGGGUCAAAACGGCGACGUUGCGUCUCCUUUUGUGUUAAAGUCCGCGGCUUUGGAUUUCGAUCAGUGUACUCCGGCCAAGCAGAGGAGAUUUGGAGCGGCGGGGGCUUCUCCGAUGACGAGGGGGAGGUCGCCGGGUGGUGUUAGGUGUUCUUAUGGAGGAGGAGGGAUGUUGGGGAAGUUGAAGGGAGAGAGUCCUGCUUCGAUGAUGAGGAAGAGCUGUGUUGUGCCGCCGACCUCCAAGUUUCCGAGGAGUAGGAGUGUUUGCGAUAGAGAGACGGCCAAGAUGAGCUCUGUUUCUUCUUCUGCUCUUCUUAGUCCUUUUAAAUCCUCUGCAAAGAAGAGUAACUCGCCGCCUCCGAGUGUACGUACUAGACGAGCAACCGCUGCAGCUGCUUUGAUGGAAGAGGAGAGAGAUGCUCCAAAGUCGAUUUCGAAAUUGGCUUCUCCAAAUCAUAGUAAGGUGGAGAAACCAGAGAAGAGUUGGAGUUUAACAGGAAGACUCAGCACACUGAGCAAGGAAGCUAUGCAGCAGAGGGAGACGGCUCAGAAGAUAGCUCUUCAGGCAUUGAGAGAAGCUACUGUCACUGAAACAGUUGUUCGUCAUCUCAAGACUUUGGCCAAUCUGAGCAAAUCAGCCAAACCUGAUUGCCCUGCUGCGUGCUUCGAGAAGUUCUUGGAGUUUCACAAGCAGAUAUCUGAAACCAUGAGCGAAAUCUCUGCCAUUGAAGCAGCUGUUUCAUCAGCUAGUGAGAACAAAUCUGAGGAUGGAACAACGUCUUUGAUACUUAACGAGAUCCAGCACAACUCUAUUGAUCAAGAGAAAACUGCAACGAAGAGAAGAACUACUUCCCUGAAGCAGCAGCAAAACCACAAGCAACUGAGGUCAAACGAUGAGAACAAGAACCCAUCAGCUCCUCCUCCUCCUUCCGGGUUAGGAAACACGGCUAGGUUGGCUAAAGAGACAGAGAAAGAAGCUGCAAAUUGGUUCAUGGAGUUUAUAGAGAAGGCUCUAGAGAAAGGGAUGAAGAAGUGUAAAGGCACAGGAGAUGCAGAUGUUAAGAAGGUUCCACAGUCUCUGAUUCUCCAAGUUGUAAACUGGGUGGAAGCAGAACAGUCUGCUGAUAACACUAGACGGCAAGUACAUCCAAGAGCAUCACAGAUCACUAGAAAGCUCAGAAUCAAAAUGAAGAAUCCUUGAAUCAUAAGUGAAGAUAAAAAGUUUUUUUUUUUUUUAAUAUUGUUCCCACAUCUACCACU